GCCGAGAAUAAUCAAAAAUUGAAAUAGAUCAGCUAAUCAAAUCAAUUCUGACGCCCUUUUUAUGGUUUUCCAUUGCUACAAAACAAAUUAUUGGUACCCAUUCAUCAUUACAUAACUAACACAACAUCCAUGAUGAAAAAUUCAUAACCAGAAACCCCCAAAACUCUUACGGCGCCCUGCUGCAUCUACUCAUAGAAAAAAAAGGGUGAGAAGACAAACUGGCCUCUAGGAGAAGAUCACGUAAGUAGGACCUCAAAAAAACAAAAAAAAAAGCCAGUUGUCGCGUGCUCCUGAAAAAUUCCCGUGCACGUUUUGCUUUUGCCAGGCAUCAUCCAGGAGCAGGAGGCGGCACAGCGGGGGGGCAACCCGACCGUUCCUGUUUCUACGCAGUCGUAAACACCCGUUCCGUUGCUGCAAUGACGAAACUCAACUGCCCGUGUGUCGGAUCGGCCCCUCGAAAACUGUUAAUUUUUCCUUUAUUAUAUUGAAAAAUAAAUGUCGUGAUUUAAUGAAACGCGUUUUUCAUUCGUUCGAGUAAAAGGUUCGUGAAGGUGCGCUCAAAAAAAAAAUUAGUUUUAAAGAAAAACCCCCUACGGUGCUGCAUAGGAAUACCCUAUUUUGGAGGUUAUAACGUAAAUAGUUGCCAGAAUUUAGAGACAUAUUUUUUUUCGUAAUCAAUUAACAAGUUCUUCCCGUUUUUAGUAUAAUAAUUUUCAAAUAUAUACUUAGUGAUAAAAGUCUAUACACAUAGCUAGUUUAUUGAAUAAGAAAAGUUUUUUACGAAUCUUUUAGAUUUAGAAGAAAACGAUUACGUUUCACCAACAAGGAAAAAUUCGGUUACAUGCCUUAUUAAGAUAUUUAAGAGUUCAUGUAGUGCCUAACGUCACCAAUAAUUAAUUCAAUUACUUACCAAAAAUAGCUUUAAGAAGCAACCAUUGUUAUAUUUAGACACUAAGUUCGUUAAACCGAUUUUAAAUAGCCAGCUAGAUUAAUUCGACAACUAGCCAAUAAUAAUUAACGUUUCUGAUUAAUGAUAAUGUCACACGUAACCCUUUGUAAUUAUUCAAGCAAUGACAAUAAUAAUAACGAUAAUGUUAGUGAGGAUUCUCAACCGCCGACCAUUUAUAGGUGCAGGGCACCGAUAGCAAGUCUGGAUUGUAUGGAAGAGUUUAGCGCUGGUAGCGGACUGAGCGGUCUCGCCGAUAAAGUGGCAGACGGAAAUUUAACCAAAGAACAGCUUUUGCUGGGCAGUUUGGCCAACUCGGCAGUACCGUUACAAUUGAACCGUACCACCAACGUCACGCCAGGUUUGAGGUAUAGGAAUUUAGGUAAAAGCGGAUUGAGAGUGUCGAAUAUAGGUUUAGGUACUUGGCCAACUUUUAGUCCAAACGUAACGGAGGAACAAGCAGAACAAAUAAUAGUUUUAGCAGUAGAAAGCGGUAUUAACGUUUUUGAUUUGUCUGAGGCGCAUUCUGGGACUCGAGCGGAAGUGGAAUUAGGCCGAAUUUUAACGCGACGAGGGUGGAAGCGGACAACUUUUAUUGUUACGACCAAGAUUUAUUGGAGCACAAGGUCUGACGAACGAGGAUUAUCCAGAAAGCAUAUCAUCGAGAGCGUGAAAGCGAGCUUACACCGACUCCAGCUAUCCUAUAUCGACGUCGUCAUUGUCCACAAAGCCGAUCCGAUGUGUCCUAUGGAGGAAGUCGUCCGUGCAAUGAACUACGUCAUCAACCAAGGAUGGGUGAUGUACUGGGGCACUGCCCGCUGGUCGCCAGUCGAAAUAAUGGAAGCCUACACCAACUGUAGACAAUUCAAUUGCGUAACUCCAAUAGUCGAACAAGCCGAAUAUCACUUAUUUUGUAGAGAGAAAACCGAACUUUACAUGCCGGAGUUGUAUAAUAAAAUCGGUGUAGGUUUGAUGGCAUGGUCUCCAAUUUCCAUGGGUUUGUCGCAAGGCAAAGACGACAGUAGCAUCCAGCUCUUCUCGCGUGCUAGCUUCAGAAAUAAAUACAGCUCCUUUUCGUGGACCGAAGAUGAAACUGUUGCAGCCAAUAAAGAAGGUUACGGUUGGAUGAAGGAACGAAUUCAGCCCGAAGAAACGCGAAGGCACGCCGAAAGGAUCAGAGAACUGAACGGUUUGGCAGAAAGACUGGGAUGUUCUCUUACUCAGCUCACGAUCGCUUGGAAUUUGAAAAACGAAUCGGUGCAAUGUUUACUUUUAGGUGCUAGUAACGUCGAUCAAUUGUACGAAAGUAUUCAGGCCUUACAGCUGAUACCCAAGCUUAAUACGAACAUGGUUCAAGAUAUAGAGAAAAUCUUAGAAAAUAAACCUAGCCGACCUCCUAUGGUUUCAACUUUGGCGCUUAGAUGACAAUCAAUGUGCCCUCCUGGCUCAAUCAGUGGUCAGGGUGGCACAAGUAACGCCGAAAGCCCCAAAGACGACGUAAGCAACGCGGACACCGACACCAAGGACAGCCAGAAGUUGCCGUUUUGCGAGAUUCAGUGACAAAAGGUUAGCGAGUUUGUGAAAACUCGUAAAAGCAAAACUCCCGACGAGAAACCCGUGAAGGAAAAAGUGAAAUGGUCGUACAGUCCCGAGGAAGGUCCCAAGUGCACCACCGAACCGUUCGUUUCAAAGAAGAAAGAUAAAAAAGCUGUGACACCGGUGAAUGUAUGAAAGUGGAAAGAAAAUGGUGAUUGUGGUGAUUUAAACGAUGAUAUUGGAGAAGUGCUUAUUUAAAUGGCGAAAUUUAAAUAUUGUUUCAACAAACCAAUGAUGAUUUUUUUUGAUAAGUUUAAUGUAAUUAUUCACAAAUACGAUUUUGUUCAAUUGAUACAUCGGUUUAAGAAGUAGGUAUCGAUUUCUUCAUGUAGGUAUCGAAUUGAAAUUAUCAAUAUUUUCCCUAUUAUCGUCGUUAUAUCUACUAAUUCAAAAAUCACUCUGAGACAUCGAAACAUGUGCAUCAAGAUACUUUUUUUGGUGAAAAAGUCAAUUUUUGAACUAAUCGUACUGAAGCAUGAAACAUCCCCAUUAGAUAUAUAGGGAAAUUAUGUAUUAUAUUAUAUACAAAUCAAAAUCUACUGAGCAUUAAAAGUUAUCGUUGGUUUCAUGACAUCAAUUAACAUGUAUUCGAUUCUAGAGUAUUCGUUCAAAUUUGUAUUUAUUAACGAAUCAAAAACAAGCUGUGACUUUAUUAGGAAUGUAGUUUCUAGAGUUUAAACCACCCAUUUCAAUUUGUUAUUUACUAUAGUCAAACCUACGAAUACUCUCCCAUGAAGUGAGUAAACAAUAAUGGAAAAUUUGGAACUUUUUUGAGUGCGAAUUUGUACUUUUUUGUAUGUACCUUUCGCUAGAAGGUGAAAUUUGGUAGAAUGUAAGCUUAUUUAUAUAGGGAAAAAGUUUUAAAAUUAGGGCAAAAUUUUAAUUCAAUUCUAUAGUUGGUACAAUUUUCAAUUUUUUGCCCAGAAAGCUUGAAAUAAAAGCAAUUUAAAUAAACAUUUUAUUUAUCAAAAAAUAGAAAAACGCACAAAUUUCAAUUAUUAUACAGGGUGUCCCAUAAGUCACGGUCCAAACUGAACGGGGUGAUUCUUUGGUUUAUUUUAUGAAUAAAAUUUUUAAUAAACUAUGUCCGCAACCGCUUUGUUACCGAUCUACAGGGUGUUGAAAUUUCAAUAUUUUUUUAGUUUUUUCUAUAUAGCUCCUGCAAUUUUUGAGGGAUUAAGCUGAAAUUUGGAAUAUAGGUGACACAAGAGGAGCUAAAUGAUUUCACAUUUCAAACGUUUGCCGGAAUUCACAGGGUGAUGUUUUUCCAGGGGUCAUAUGCCCUUUGUAAGCCCUUUUCUGCCCCUGAACUUUUUUGCGGUGCGCCGCUGGUAGAUCCUAAAGAAAUGAAUGACUUUUCUACCCAUUUUAGAAACUUUUUGUUCUCUUAUAGUUUUUCCGAAUUACCGAUCCUUAAUUAGCUAGAUGAAACUACAGUGACUCAAUAUACCUUUUCUACCUACAGUGGUGACAAUAGAAGUCCCGCCGCCAUAUUCUUGAUCAUUUUCAGUAGGAAUCUAGAAGUAAGCCACGCCCUUGCCGCCAUAUUCUUGCUCAUUUUCAAUAUGAAUACAUUAAAAUUUCAUCACCCUGUAGAUCUGUAACGAAGCGUUUGCAGACCUAUGUUUAUUUGAAAUUUUAGUUAUAAAAUAAUCCAAAGAAUCACCCCUUUCAGUUUGGACCGUGACUUAUUGUACACCCUGUAUAAUUUAAUUAAAAUAUAUAAAAAGCAAUACCUACUUACGUUUUUGCCCUAAAUUAAACCAUAAAUUACAUAAAUAAUAAUAAUUAUUAUUAGGUACUUCCAAUUUUAAGAAAACCGAGUUGCCUCGAAAAGGUUUUGGAUGCAAUUGUGCAAAAUAGUUUUAGAUAGAAAACUUAAAUAAAACUUUUAUUAUUAUUAUUACCUUCUAUAGUAUUUUAGAAACUCUUGCCAAUAUUUAGAAGAAUAUAUGGCAUUAGGAUUUUUGCACAACUUCUAGUGAGAUUAGUUACAUAUAUUAUUAAAAGAGCAGAAAGAUGUGAAAAUGAACUAAUAGGCAGCCAAUUUCUGUCUAAAAACUGCCACAAAUACAAAAAAAAAACUCUUCAUGCUCUUUACCUUUUAAUAAUUAUUCAAUUUGAAUUUUGUACUUUCAAGUAGAGGCUUGAAAAUUGCUUCCUGAAUCUAAUAGAUUUAUAUCUAAUCGAAUAAAAUUAGAGCAAAACAACGCCAUAUUAAUUAAUAUUACUCAUUCUAUAUAAAAUUGUUUUAAAUUAAAACUUAAAAGCGAAAAUUAAUAUUGUAUAUAAAUAACGAAAACAUUUUUACUACGACGUGAUGUAUAUAGAGUCUAAAAUCAAUCAUAAAACAAAAUUGUUGAUUUUUCCAGUUUUUUUGAACACAAUUUUUCAAUAUUCAAUGUCCAUUAUUGCCAUUUCUCAUUAUGGUGACAAAAAUGUUUGUUUUCUCUAUUUUUUUCUAACUCAUUCAGCACCAAGGCGGACAUCGGUAUCCGAUAGUUCCAUCAGGCCACAGCGGUCACCAGGCGGACACCGCUUACCCAUUAUCAUUGGCCAGCGAACUUAUAUAAAUAUUAAUGACCCACCUACCAGAGCUGUCAAUAUUUGAAGUAAAUUAUUUGGAAUUCUACUUCUAGUACAUAGGUACAAGGUGAGUCACUAUAUUUUGACACCCACCUGCAGCCGUAAUUACAGGUGAUAGGUAAAAGGUGUAAAUACAAAAGUUAUACAGACAGCUGUAUGCAACAUCCUCUUUUAACUUAAAAGCGCUUUUUGAAACUGGUCUCUUUUAAAAAUGUGUAUUCUAAGCCAUACAAAUUUUUAAAGGUACCAGUUUUAAAAAGCGCUUUUAAGUUAAAAGAGGAUAUUGCAUACAGCUGAUAGAAUUUUAUCUGACCGCAAUAAUUUUUAAUUAGAUUGAACAAAUGAGCAACGCAAAGUAGAAAAAUAUGUCGAUGUACACUUUUUUCAAAUGGAAUGCACUUUAUUUUUGUUUUAGAUUAUAUUUCACUGAUUAUUCCACUCAUGUGUUAGAAAUCCCAUAAGACAAGUGACGAUUUUCAGAAUUACAGCGAAAAUUCUCUCUUCCAUUUGUUUAACUAGAGAGAAUUACAGCGAAAAUUCUCCCAUGUUAUUGUAUACAUGGUUGUCAUGCUAAUUUUUGAUACAAACAAACGGUUCCUGAUAGCAACCAUUUAUUUGUAUUGAUUGCUAAGAUGUUCAAAUCGUUUAAUACAUAUUUAUUUCCAUAUUUUUUUGCAUUCUCAUACGUGAAAUAAUCCUCUAAAUACCACUUGAGCUUUAAAAUGAACCAGAUAAUUUUUCACUCAUGCGUUUUUUUUUCUGCAAAUUUCACUCGUCCUACGGACUCGUGAAAUUAUAGAAAACACGCAAUCAUGAAAAAUUAUCGGUAAUUUUGAAGCUCUCGUGGUAUUAUCCCCGAAAAUACUUUAACUUUUUAUUGGUUUUUAUUAAUUUUCUUGAGUUGACAAAAUAUGACAACUAGUGCCAACCUCUCUAUUUUGUUACUCCUAUAACAACCAUCAUGACCAACUAAACUAAACUAGAAAGGGAAUGUCGCCAACUUAAGUUAUACAAUACCUACUAAAAUAUACUUCAAGUAAUGUCCCUUUACUUGAAGCUCAAUGUUUUUACUUGAAAUGAAUUACUUGAUGAAAUUCAAGUACUUAAAUUUCAAGUUUACUUGAUAAUCAAAGUAUAAUUUUUCAAAACUUGUACUUGUACUUCAAGUAAAUCUAUUGAAUAUAUUUACUUCAUACUUGUACUUCAAGUACUUUCGUCGCGUAGUUUUGCCGGCUCUGCUACCUACUCUAGGGGCCAGGGCGGAUACACUAUUAUAUACACUUUUUUACCGGGUGUCCGCUGAUUAUUUUGUGUCCGCUAUGGCCUGAGAAGUUAUCCAAUUUGUGUCCGCUUAUUCAAUGAAAUUGGCUUGGCGCUGAACGUGUUUUAAAGGAUUGUAAAUGUUUCACAAAAAUAAAAUAUAUUUGAUCUGAGAUCAAUUUCUAUGCAGAGUGUUCCUAAAUAUCAUGCACAAACGAAUGAGGGUGAUUCUUUGGUUUAUUUUAUGACUAAAAUUUCUAAUAAACAUAGGUCCGCAAACGCUUCGUUACCGAUCUACAGAAUGUUGAAUAUUUUUUUAGUUUUUUCUUUAUAGCUCCUGAAAUUUUUGAGGGAUUUAGCUCAAAUUUGGAAUGUAGGUUACGCAAUAAGAGCUGAAUGAUUGCACUAGUCAAACGUUUGCCAGAAUCUACAGGGUGAUGUUUUUUCAGGGGUCAUGCCCCCUUUUCUUCCCCUGAACUUUUUUGCGGUGCGCCACUGGUCGAUUCUAAGAAAUAAAAUAAUUUUUCUACCUUAUUUAUAAACUUUUUGUUCUCUUGAAGUUUUUUCGUAUCACCGACCCUUAUCGAGAAAUAAAUUAAAAAGCAAAUCUCUGUAGUUAGCUAGAUAAAACUAGAGUGACUUCAUAAACCUUAUUGUCUACCCACAGUGGCGAAAAUAGGGGUCCCGCAACCACUCUUACUCAUUUUCAAUAGAAAUCUAGAGGUAAGACAGCCCUCGCCGCCACAUUCUUGCUCAUUUUCAAUAUGAAUACAUUAAAAUUUCAACACCCUGUAGAUCGGUAACGAAGCGUUUGCGGACCUAUGUUUAUUAGAAAUUUUAGUCAUAAAAUAAACCAAAGAGUCACCCCCUUCCAUUUGUACAUUAUAUUUAGGAACACCCUGUAUAACCUACUCAGAACAUAUAAAAUAUAAAAAUCGAAUUGAAACUUUCACAUUGUAUAUAUUUAAAAAAAAUGUAAUUUUAAUCAAACAAUGUAAUUAUUGUUUAUUUUCUUUUUCGUACUUUAAUUCAGAAUAUAUAAUGCCUUAAUACUGUUAAGUAAUACUUCAGUGAAACAUUCUCG